AUGGCUGAGGAUACAUAAAAGUUACUCAUUUGUGUAGAUCCAAAGACAAAAUGGUUUUAUACUAUUAAUACAAAUACAAACGAACUUAGAAUUGAAGAAGAUGCAGAAUAAAAUGUUGUUAUGAGACAAAAAGCUGAUGAAGCUAUUAAAGAUUUAUACAAGAUUAUAAAUUUAGAUGAUAGCUACUGGCUCUUUAGAUCUGAACAAGCAAAAGAGCUACAGCGUAGAAAAAUUCCUAGUUAUUUGCUAAAUAAAGACUGCUCUAAAUAUCCUAAAUAUUUGUGCUAGUCAAAUCUAUCUUUAGCGUUUUCAAAAGUGAAUUCAAUUAACUUAAAUGUGAAUUUAGACGAGUACAUAAAUUAGUUAAGAGAAAAAAAGCCUGCCGAAGUAGAUUGGGACUGCAAAUCUCUUACAAUAGAGGCUGGACUUGUUACAGGGGCAGAUGAAGUCAUUAAAAAUAUACUAAGAAAAAUUUACAAAGAAUAUAAGAUAGCACUGAAGCCAAAGGAUUAAAACCAUCAAUUUAUACUUCAAGUAAAGGGAUUUCGUGAGUAUUUAGCAGGCAAUCACCCAAUGCUUAAUUAUGAUAGAGUGAGAACAAGUCUAAGAGGUUUAGAUCACUUAGAUGUCAAAUUGACAGAAAUGCCAAUCAACAAUUAACAAGCUGAUUAAUUUCCACCAAUUUAUGAACGAAAGUAGUCAGAAAUGGAAUAGGGAAUAUUUACUCCUAUUGACUGGUCUAAUUAUUAUGAAGUUCCUAUUCUUCUGUGGUAUCCAUGGGUUGAUUUUCCAGAGAAGGAUACUCCUAAUCCAAAUUAGGUUGUUUAAAAGAGAAUGAUGCAUCAAAGAAUGUAGGAUUUGAAGUUAAAUAAGAAGAAACAGAGUUAAAACUUGAGUGAAAUUCUCACUUAGAAUGUGUAACCUGUUUAAAAUGGUAGUUCGAUAAACAUGAAAAAUACCAAUCUAUAUUCUGGAGAAUGUGAUUGUUUAUUCAAAGUUAGAAUAUGUGGAUUAGAAAAUGUUUUCAAAAUACUUCAAGCAGUUGAUCCUUAAUGGCCUGGUUUAAAAGCAACCUAUAAUGGAUUCACUUAGCCAGCAUAUGUCACUUUGGUUAGACAUGGUGUGGACGACAAAGAAGAUAAACACAACAAAGAAGAAAAAGAUAAAAAGGAAUAAAAAAACAAACAAAAUAAGGACAUCCAAUUGUAAUAAGAAUAACAGAAACAAAGAAAAGAUUAAGUGACUCCUAAAUUAAACACUAGAAUCGUCAAUCAUGGUAUUAAGGGAGUAGAAUUUAUGAAGCAGAUACAGGGAUAUUAUGGUAUGAACUUAGUGCCUUUCUCUAUUUCAAUUGAAGCUAUCAUAAUGAAUGGUUCAACUUGCAUCAAAAGUGUUGAAACAAAAAGAGUUCCAUAUGGAAAUACUUGCAAAUUCAAUCAAUGGAUAUCUUUUAACAAUAUCAAGGUUUCUCAAUUACCUUUAGAAUCUAGACUUUGUUUUAAUCUAAAAGCUUAUGCUUAGAAUUCAAACGAUUACUAAAUUAUUGGAAGUUCAACUCUUCCUAUUUUUAAUAGUCAAGAGCUCUUUUAGCAAGGACUCAAUGCGAUUAAUGUUUGGCCAUUUUACCGUGUUCACGGAAGACUCAGCUGCAUGAAUGAGUAUUGGGGAUGUUUUACUAAACUUCGUAUGCACGAAUAAAAAGAUGAAAAGAAAAUUAAAGAAUUCAUUAGCUAAAAUUAUUGUAGACUCUUUAUAUAAUUAGAUAAAUUCGUUGAGCCUAUGUUCUAUUCUCUCAGAGAUGAAAAAACUAUGGAAUCAAUGGGCUUGCCUAACCCCUAUAAAUCUAGUCAUCAAUCAGAAAGGCAUAGAAAUUUUAACUAAACUCCUAAAACAGAAGACUUAGCUCGUUUAUAAUUCCUGUUGAAUGCUGAUCCUCUCAAAAGGCCUGAGUUUACUCCUGAAGAUAAGCACAUUUUAAUGAUCAGCAGAAACCAUUAUAAAACAUUAACAUAAGCUCUUUAAGUAUUUUUACUAGCAGUAGAUUGGUUAGAUCCAGAAUAAGUCAAAGAAGCUAUUUUGAUGCUUAAAAAGUGGACACCUCUCCAGCCAGAAGAUGCCCUUCCUUUGCUUGAUGCACAUAUUUCAAAUGAGAUAGUUAGACUCUAUGCAGUAGAAAGAAUAAGUACAUUCUCAGAUGAUGAAAUAGCUCUUUACAUGCUCGAAUUAACUCAGCUACUUUUAUAUGAGAGAAAUCACUUUUCUCCUCUUGCUGAAAUGCUUUUAGAAAGGUCACUAUUAAAUCCCUAUGUUGUUGGGCAUGAGUUUUUCUGGUAGUUGAAGAGUUAGCUCAAUGUAAAAGCAUUUCAUGAAAGGUUUUCGCUUUUGAUUGAGUAAUUUAUCAUGGUGUGCGGAUCCUUUAGAAAAGAAAUUGCCAAUUAAGUGCAUGUAAACGGAUCUUUAAAUAGUGUUGCUAAAAUUAUUUAAUACGAGGCAAAGCAAGGUGUAGACAAAGCAAAACUAUAGGAGAGAUCUAAAGAAGAACUUGGAAAAAUAAGAGAUAACCUACCAAAACCAACUUUUUCGUUAGCUCUUGAUAGCAGAAUCUAAGUCACAGACUUCAACUUAUAAGGCUGCAGAUGUAUGAACUCUAAAAAGAAGCCUUUGUGGAUUGAAACAAUAAACAAAGUUGAAAUUGAAGAAAUAGAUGAAAAUAAUAAUAAAAAAAUAAUAUCAGAAAAUGAUUUAGAGAUGAAAAUAUUAUUUAAGAGAGGUGAUGAUAUAAGGCAAGAUCAGUUAACUCUUUAAUUGCUAAAGAUUAUGGAUAAAAUUUGGCUUGAUGCUGGAUAAGAUUUUAGAAUGAAGCCCUACAAAGUUAUUACUACUGGAGAUUAAGUUGGUAUGAUAGAAGUAGUAGUAAAUGCUGAAACUACAGCAAGAAUACAUAAAUAGGAAGGUGGUGGAUUGGGUGCUCUCAAGGAAGAUACUCUUAAAAAUUAUUUACAAAAACACAAUCCAGAUAAAGAAAAUUUGAAAAGUGCUACGGAGAAUUUCAUAAGAUCAUGUGCAGGCUAUUGUGUUGCAACUUACAUUCUUGGUAUUGGUGAUCGCCACCCUGAUAAUAUUAUGCUUAGUUAAACAGGUCACUUAUUCCAUAUUGACUUUGGUCAUUUCUUAGGAAAUUUCAAAAAGAAACUUGGUAUUGACAGAGAAAGAGCACCCUUUGUGUUUACUGAAGAAAUGGCGUUUGUUAUGGGUGGUAAAGAAUCUGCUGAUUUCAAAAAUUUCACAGAUUACUGCACAUAGGCUUACAACUUGAUUAGGAAACAAGGAAACUUUAUAAUUAAUAUAUUUUUACUGAUGUUAGAUGCAGGUAUUCCUGAAUUGCAAUCUGCUAAAAAUAUAGAAUAUCUUAAGAACAAGCUUGCUCUACAGCUUAGUGAAUAAGAAGCAACUAAUAAAUUUAAAAAAGAGAUUCACUUUUCUCUAAAUAGUAGAUUUAGAAAACUAGACAAUUUAAUCCAUAAUUUAGUCAAAUAGUGA